CAGCAUCACGCUUUUACUCAGUCGGGCUCGUGUCCAAAAGAGACUAAAAUUUAAUUAAUUUAUUUGGUUUUCUGUCUCCGGUCUUCGCCAAAUCUAUCUCCAGUCAUCCUCCGGUCCAUCUUCAUCGCCUCCAUUAUCUUGUUCUUGUUCUUCCUUCUUCCGAUUUCGAGAAAAUCUCUCCCAGUUUCUCUCCUCAGACCAUCUUUGCCCGAAUCUCGCCUUCAAUCCAAUUAGAUUUUAGAUUAAUAAAGAAGAAAACAACAAAACCCAAAUUCUUUCUUUUGGGAUUGGACGAAGAUAUGGAUCAUAAUUGUCAUAACGGAUUCAGUUUCUUUACAAUUUUGUUAUUCAUUGGAUUUUUAUCCACCCGGGUUUAUUCGAUCCAGUUCGAUCUUCAAUCAGGUCACACCAAAUGUAUAGCUGAAGAUAUUAAGUCAAACGCCAUGACCGUCGGCAAAUAUCACAUUGUUAACCCUACCGAAGGCUCCCCUUUACCCGAUUCUCAUAAAGUCACUGUCAGGGUCACAUCGUCUUAUGGGAAUAACUAUCAUUAUUCCGACCAUGUACAGUCCGGGCAGUUUGCGUUUCAGACUGCAGAGGCCGGAGAUUACAUGGCUUGCUUUUUUGCAGCGGAUCACAACCCUGCCGUUACUCUCACAGUUGAUUUUGAUUGGAAGUCUGGUGUUGCAGCAAAGGACUGGUCCAAUGUUGCCAAGAAGGGCUCGGUGGAAGUAAGAUUAAAACCUAUGUUUACUUAAUUUGAACAGAUUAUUUCUGUGAUAGAUGUACAUAUGCACUGGCAGCGUUAGCUAUUUUCUCUCUAAAAUUAAAUUGUUAUGAAAGUUGAUUGAAGAACCUAGGAACACUCUUCGGUUGGCAUACUUCUGGACACUGUUUUCAGGCCGUUGUAUAUGCUGUUAGUGAUUAAUGUCAAAUGCAAGUGAUUACAAAAGUUGUGAGCAUUUAUUGGGG